AUGUCUUCAAUUACGGAUUCAUUAAAAAUGAUUACAUAUGUGUUGUCAUCGUCUGUACCACGACGACCAUACAUUGGUGCACAUCGUAAUCGGCAUUAUAUUAAUAAUUCUCUAACACCGACAUUAUCAUUAUCAAAUGAUAAUUCUUUAUCGGCCACUUCUUUAUCUAAAUCAAUUCAAUCAACUGAAAAAAAUGAUUUGUUAAAUAAAGAAGUAACAGAUAUUCUACAAACGCAACAGGAAGAAAAAACUUCAGUAGAGCAAUUCUCAUCUACAACUCUACUAGACGAACGGCAACUUCACCAGCAACAAGAGCAGAAAGCAAAAGGUUUUUUGCCGUCAUCAUCAUCUUCCUCACUUUCCCUCUUUCCAACGACUCACAACGUUACGCCUCUAUCUUACUACGACCAUUCUCCUCCUUCUUACGCCAAAGAACAACAGCACUUUCAUCAUCCUCCUCAUCAAUACGAACAACAUUCAUACUGGCAACUACCACUAAGUAGUGAGAAUAAAAACAAUCAAUUUUUACUGUUAGAAGAUUCUCAACCGCAAAUAGAAGAACGGCAAAAACACAAACAAUCGCCGACAAAUUCUUUGUCAAUUCGUAAUCAAAACGUUGAAUUAAGUGACAUACCCGAAGAAAAGAAUUCAUUUUCGUCGUUAUUUUCUUUAAGUGACACUAUUGUACAACAUACCGACAACCAUAAUCAAUCUAAUCGUAUUACAUCAACACCAAUUCUUUCUUCUCUUACAUCUUAUCGUUUAACCACAGAUAAGAACAAUUGCCCUUCAUUGACAUCAGACAAAAACAAUAAUAGCAAAUCAUUCCCUGUAAUAUUAGAUAAUUUACCUGAUCAAUCGUCUUCGAUAUCAUCAGACAAUUUUCUAACUAAUUUUCAAAAUACAACUGAUAUUAGAAAAUUAAAUAAUAUGUCUUAUUUAUCAUCAUCAGUACGGCAUUCACCAUUAAUAUUACAUCCAUAUGAUCAACGAAUAAGUGAUCAAGGUACGAAAUAUAUAAUUCAACUUAAAACCGAUGAAUAUCAAGAAAAUGAAUUUAUAAUAACACCACGUUCUACACUUAAUCAAUUAAUUAUUGAUGCUAAACAUCGUGAAGAAGAUAGUUCCGGUGGUUAUAUACAUCGUGAAUUACGUAAAAUCUUUAUUAUUCCAAAACAUAUCGAUUUAAAUCAGUAUGCAUAUACAUAUAAUAAAACUACACAAGAAUUAACUAUUGAAAUGCCAUAUUUAAAAACUCCCUCUAUUAUUAACGAAAAUAAAAAUGAUUUAUCAAUAAAUUCAACUGUUCGUAAUAAAACGGAACCACCAUUAACAUAUUCUUAUGAAAAUCGAAAUCAUAGUGAAAAUAUUUUGCCAACAAAUGUAACUCGAUCGAAUUAUUCUCAUAAUAGUAACAAUAUACACAGUACUGAUACGACAACAACUGAUUCAACAUUAUUGAAAAAUUCCAAUACAGCUGUUACACCAACAUAUGAAACAUCAAUUGGAAAUACAAAACCAUUUGAUUUUGAUGUAUUUCAUCGAUCAGCAUUUCGACCACAAAUUGUUCGAACAACACCCAAUGAGAAAAAUAUAACUAAUAAUACUAAUGAGAAAAAAUUAUUAAUGUCUUUAGAUUUAAGUGAUUAUCAAGCUGAAGAUAUUAAAGUGACAGUUAAAGAUCGUGAUUUAAUUGUUAAUGCAGAAAGAAAAAUUGAAAGUGGUACACGUAAAUCUCGUUCAUCAUUUUAUCAAUCAACUAAUUUACCACCACAAACUGAUAUUGAACAUCUUCAAACAAAUUUUAUUGAUGGAAAAUUAAUUAUUGAAGCUCCUUAUUUAGAACAAAAUAAUUCUGAUCGUAGAAUAAAACCUUCUAUUAUUAAUAAUAUUAAUAGUAGUGGUAGUAGUAGUAGUCAUAAUCAAGGAUCUAACUGGCGACAAAUAAGUGAAUCAUAUGGAACAUCCACCAUCGAUGAUUUAUUUCAACAUCGAACAGCGACAUUUAAAGAAUUUGUUCGCGUUCGUGGACUACGAACUCAUUUCUCAAGUUGA